AUGGUUCUGAUGAACACCAUAGACGAGCUAGAUAUCCAGAAAACGAUCGUUCUCGCUCUGUGUACGAACGGAGUGACUCUAGGCGUCGCGAAGAGGACGACGGGAGGCCAAGGCCAUCUGGAAGACGAUAUGGCUCUCCAAGUCGAAGAGACAGCCCCUCAAACAGCUCUUCUAGAGACACAUUGCGACCUCCAACACGGUAUCACUAUUUUUUCAUUUUCUAGGAGACGCGAUCAGCGGUCACCUUCCCCAGCUGGAGGUAUUCUGCCCCUCGACCAGUGGCCUCGGAAACUUCGUUGUUGGGAUAUAUGCCCCCAGGGCUUUGAGGGAAUGUCUGCUGCCCAGGUGAAGAACACGGGUCUUUUUAUCCCUGCCACAUAUCAGCCCAAGGUCACUAAUCUUACUCCCUUUGUCGAUCCAGCAAGGACAACAUUCCUCUUCCAACAAUCGAGCGGGAUGGGAUCUUCGAACUCUACAGGGCCCACUAAUGAUCACGCUGCAUUGGCAUUAACCCUUAACCCGGCUCUUGCAAAACAAGCAAGGCGUUUAUGGAUCGGCGGAAUCCCACUAUAUACCACGUCUGGACGGCUAGCUGAGUUUUUUAAUGAGCUUAUGGAUUCAUAUGCCUUUGGAUCUGGACCUGGCGCCUCGGUGGAAGAUGUUAUUGUGGCGGAGGGGCAAGGUUAUGCUUUUGUUGACCCAUCAGCAUUGCCACCCACCUCGAUUUCUAGUGUUGUACCAGAUUCUCCCAACAAGCUUUUCAUCGGUAACAUUCCAUAUCACUUUGGAAAUGAAGAGGUUAUAGCUAUUCUCACUUCCUUCGGUGAAUUGCGCUCAUUCAAUCUUGUGAGGGAUGGCUCUGGCUUCUCUAAGGGAUAUGCUUUUUGCGAAUAUCUGAAUUCUGAACUUACAGACAUUGUUGUAGAAGGGCUACACAUGUUCGAGGUCGGCGAUAAACGCUUGACUGUCCAAAAAGCCAUGUGUAAUGUUCCACUCAAUCCACAGAAAGAAGCGUCGCUUGAUCCUGCCUCGCUUUUGCUUUCAAUUUCUAGUGGCGGUGAAUCGCUCUUUGGCAAGCAGACUCCGGUAUUACAGCUGAUGAACUUGGUCUCUGCAGAGGAUCUUGAAAGCGAUGCGGAAUAUUUGGGAAUUACUGAAGACAUCAGGUCAGAGUGCUCAAAAUUUGGUCCGGUUUUGGAUAUUUGGGUUCCACGCCCAGAUUCUUCUGGCGCCCAACUUGCAGCAGUAGGCAAGAUCUUUGUUAAAUUUGAAAAAAGCACACAGGCAACAAAUGCUCUCCACGCUCUUUCCGGAAGGCAGUUUCUGGAUCGCACAGUAUUAACCGCAUACUAUGAUGAAGCCAAUUUCGAUCAACGCAUUAUUCAAUAG